AUGGCCCCAUACGUCUACCAACCUCUGGAUGAUGUCACGGAAGAGAUUCGGCUCCUUACCUUACAUCCUGGCACGCCAGAGGAGCCGAUUCGUAUUUCUAUCGCACAUGUUCCGUUCAAGCCUACGGAAUGGCCAAACCCAAAUCAUGAACGAAUGUCUUUGGAGGAACUGAGAAGUACCCUGCCAGAUUCAUGGUGGGUUAAAUCAACACUUGAGGGCAGAUACAUCUUCAGAUCUCGAGACGCGUAUGGAUAUUCGAUCACUUCAUAUAAUCAUCCUGACAACGACAUUGCGCGACGUUACUACUGCGAUGCAAACGAUUGCGAAGAACCCAAGGUCGGUCUUUGCUUUGAAGCCUUGUCGUACACUUGGGGCUCUGUCGAUGGAUCCCUGGACAUCGAGGUGACACAAAUCAUCUCUCACACAAGGAACAGCUUGGCAGAAAGAAUUCGACUACCCGUUAGCACGCUCUCAGUAAGACGAAACCUACACGAUGCACUUACGCAACUGCGGCACCAAAGGAACUCUCGCAUCCUUUGGAUCGAUGCUCUGUGUAUCAACCAGAACGAUUUGAAUGAGAGAAACCUACAAGUCGGACGUAUGCGGCUGAUUUACAAGCACGCCAGUCGUGUGGUGGUCUGGUUGGGCCCAAGCGAUCGAGGUUCAAUAGCGGCGCUUUACGCGCUCAUGUAUAUUGGUGUGCAGCUAGAAGUUCUGGACUCGGAUCGUUCUAUUCCCGCACCGAACUGCGCGGAGAAAGAUUGGUAUCGGGGGAGAAUCCCAAUCAAGCAAGAGAUAUGGGAGGCCAUUGUGGACCUGCCAUUGUACUCAAUGCCUAUCGCAGACGUCUACGUCCAAGCGGUCAUGGCAGCUGUCAUUACCUCGCGUCGGGCAGACAUUUUAGGAUUCUUACCUGAAUUAUCCGGAGUGUUUGUACCUUCGUGGGUCUCCGGCCCGUCUGAUCAUCGGGGUGAAACGGAGGUACUACUCGCCAGUGGUUCAUCAGCUACGUGUGCAACCUAUGUUGCUCCGCACGAGCUACAUAUUAGUGGUAUAGUUUGCACUACCGUUGAGGCCACCAGUAGCGACACGUUCCACGAUCUCAGUGCAGCUAUGACGGCUGCAAGACAGUGCUGGAGUGACACCAAUGCGACAUGUUCAUCAGGCACACAGGAAAGUAUUUCUAACAUCGAGAUGUGGACUUUGACGCAAGGACACUUACAAAACCGAUCGCGGUCGACCAGUUGGCCUUCUUUGAGUGAUGCAAAGGUGAUCCUCCGAGGCUGGAAUGGCAAAAGUAUAGGGAGUAGUAUUACACCCGACAACAAUUCGUGGCCGGAUAUGCUUGUUGGACGACUUCAAGAAAAAGGUUCUUCAAGACCGAGAAUGAGCAGAUAG